AUGGUUCCAUCGAAGACAGCACAGAACCGGGCCAGGCGGCCGCCAGAAGGAAGGAAGAGUCGCCAGGUAAGCCCGGCGCCCGCUCUCGGCCCCGCGUGGCGCUCCCCGCCAGGCUGUCAGCGCGCGGGACGGACCCCACACCGCCCGGGGAGCGCGGGGAGCGCGGGCGCUCGGGCCGGGCCGGGAGGGGGUGCGCGCGGCCGGCCCGGCCCAGCCCCCGGCUCCGAAAACCUGUGCGGGGCACCCCGAGAGAAGGCGGGAGGUGGGCCGGGCGGGCCGAACCGCCCGCGCCUCCUCCUGCCCCGCGGCCCCGGCGUCUCGCGGGCACCGACCUGCCAGCCGUCUCUCCCGGACGUUCUUCCACAGCAGAUCCCAGGCUCUGGCCGUGGAGUCCCGCAACUGCUCGCUGAUGGACCGCCUGAGCUGCGUUGGGAAGGGCUUCCGUUUGCUGGUCAUUUUAGAUCCGUCCUCAUAACGACCAGCGAGCGGGCUCGCCACCGCCACUCCCGCGUGGCCCGCAACUCAGACUCCCGGAGACCCGAGACGCCCGGCGCGGGACUCCCGCUGGGGUCCCGGGACCCGCCGCGGGCGCGACAUGGGUCCGCCGCUGUCCCGCGCUGGGGGCUCCUCCGCGCGCGCGGGCCGAGAUGCGCCGCCCGCCCCGAGCCGAGCAAGUUUCAGAAGCCACCACCAUCACCACCACCGUAACACAAAUUUUAAACUAUGCCACAGCUGGUGCCAUUAUAACUCAUCAGAGUUUUCCUGAACUCAAGUCACUUGACGUCAGCUAUUCAGUUUGGCUAACAUUCUUCUGGAGUUGGAUACGGGUGUUCUCGGGUUUUAUGUUAAUCUCUCCUCAUUUCAUCAAUGAAAUGAUUAUCUGGCUGCAACCAGCAAUCAAAUUAAGUGAUUUAAAAAGUCAAGGGGCGCCUGGGUGGCUCAGCCGGUUGAGGGUCCGACUUCAGCUCAGGUCAUGAUCUCGCGGUUGGUGGGUUCAAGCCCCGCGUUGGG